UUUCCCCGUUUUAGUUGCUCCAUUUGUCUGUCUGUCGAACCGAAAUUCAUCCCUAAUGCCCUUUUCCUCUUUGACUAUAUUUGGGAAUUUCCCCGCCUCCAUGAAGUCAUACACUCAGCCACGAGCAAUAAUGCCACCCAAUGGUAUUUGCAGUCCCUGCAAUGCGAACCUUAACCUAACACCUAAAUUUCGACUACUUUCUCUAUCUGCAAUUCCAAACAUGUUACAUUUUCCAAAUCAACCUAAUCUCUACUUCGGUUCCAGCUCAAACUAUUCCGGAUUUUCCCGCUUGUUUGGUCCACUAAGGAGGAGGGAUUUUCAAACCAGAAGUCGCUUAACAUUUGUAAAUUGUGGUGCAGGAGCAACAAGGGCCGCCGCUACUGAUCACUAUUCGACGUUGAAUGUUAGCCGGAAUGCAACAUUGCAGGAUAUAAAAAACUCCUAUAAGAAACUCGCUCGUAAGUACCAUCCAGAUGUGAACAAGGAACCUGGAUCUGAAGACAGGUUCAAAGAGAUAAGUGCUGCCUAUGAGGUUCUAUCAGAUGAUGAGAAAAGAUAUUUAUAUGAUGAACUCAGCGAGGCAGGUGUGCAGGGAGACUAUGGUGUAAUGAGUCGUGAUUCACAAGGGGUUGAUCCCUUUGAAAUUUUUGAUGCAUUCUUUGGAGGAUCAGAUGGACUUUUUAGAGAAAGAGAUGGAAUUGGAGGCAUCAAUUUAAAUCAGAGGAGUGAAAAAAUUCAAAGUCUUGAUAUUCAUUAUGCCUUGCACCUAAGCUUUGAAGAAUCAGUUUUUGGAGGAGAGCAGGCCAUUCAAUUUUCCUUUUUUGAGACAUGUGGAAAAUGUGAUGGUACGGGUGCUAAAUCAAAUAGUUGCAUAAAAUUGUGUGCUAACUGUCAUGGAAGAGGAGGAGUGGUCAAAACUCAGAAAACACCAUUUGGAAUGAUGUCACAGGUGUCCAUAUGUUCUGAAUGUGGCGGUGAUGGUAAGAAAAUAACAGAGUUAUGUCGAAGCUGUGGUGGCAGUGGUCAACUGCAAUCAAUUAAAAAAAUGAACUUAGUAAUACCCCCAGGUGUCAGCGAUGGAGCCACGAUGAAAAUUCAAAGAGAGGGUAGUUAUGAUAAGAAAAGGGGAAUGACCGGUGACCUUUAUAUCAUGCUUCAUAUAGGUGAAAAGCAUGGAAUUUGGAGAGAUGGUAUUCAUCUAUACUCCAACAUUAGCAUUGACUAUACAGAGGCAAUAUUAGGUACCGUUGUGAAGGUUGAAACUGUUGAAGGCUUGAAAGACCUCCAAAUACCUGCUGGUGUUCAGCCAGGGGAUAGAGUUAGAUUGCCAUUCAUGGGGAUUCCAGAUAUAAAUAAACCUUCUGUUCGUGGUGAUCAUCUGUUUAUUGUGAAUGUUCAGAUCCCGAAGCGUAUCAGCGACUCAGAACGCACAAAAAUUAAAGAAUUGGCUUUACUCAAGGCAUCUACUAAGAAUGAUGAGGUUUACACUCAUGGGUUGCCUCUAGGAACCUUUGAUAAAUAUGCAGAUAAAAAUCAAGGAGACCUUGUUUCCAGCCAGGAAAUUAAGCGCCACACGUCACUCUGGUCUUCAAUCAAGUACUUCAUUCGUAAAAGACAGCCUCGAGAAGGAUUUGCUUCGAUUGGCAUAGAGAUCUCAAAACCGUCUUGUUGUAGGCCUUUGAAGUUGCAUUCUUCAUACACAGACUCGCUGAUAAUGGUUGUACUAGUAACUUCACUCUUCUUGAUGGGGAAAAAUUACUUCUGGACACUUUUCCGCAGAAAAUACCAUUGACUCUUGGUGGGGACGGUAGAAGUUUCCAGGGUUUUGGAAGUUUCAACUGGAAGGAUUUUGGCAAAAACAAAAGCCACCGAAGGUUUUCGAGGAUAAUCAUAUAUAUGGGAAAUUUCAAAGUGCAGGAGGAGCAAGAGAGAUGCACAAGAAGCUAAGAACGAGGAGGCAAGAAUCGAGAAGCUACACGUUGGUGCGUUCGUUAUUUCAGCAAUUUCACUACAAGAUGUUAUAAGGCAUGGUAAAAAAUCUUAGAUUUUCAAAAAUUGAGUGAGAUUUCAUUUAUGCCUCUCAAGAUAGUGUCAUUCGUACGAAAGUUCAAAUAGAUUCAAAAUUUUAAAUUAUAAUGUGUAUAUAUAAUUAGUUUAUGAGAGUGAAGAGUAAAACCCUUCACUUCAUUGCACCUA